GUCAUGUGAAUCACGCCAUCAACAUCCCCGCGCCGAACGGUAUAAAUAGACUACCGUGCAUAGCGGAGGACGCUAGUUCCAGCUGCGCAUCGGCUGUGGAGAAGGGACGCGUUUCCCCGACUGGAGUUUACUGAAUCGGACAGCUGAACUGCUAGAGUGACGGACGAUGAGGGCGUGCUGGUCAGUUCUGGGCCUCUCUCUGCUCUACGUCUCUGUUGAGUGUCUCCUCCCGCCCUCCAAGGAGGAACUCCAACAGAUCUCCCAGUACGGUGAGAAGUACGUGGAUCAGGAGAUUGAGACUGCCAUUAAUGGGGUGAAGGAGAUGAAGACGAUGAUGGAGAAGUCUGAGGAAGAUCACAAGAAGUUUAUCUCUUCCUUGGAGAAAACAAAGAAGCAGAAAGAGGAUGCUCUUAAGACCGCGCAGGACAUGGAGGAGAAGCUGAAUGAGGAGCAGAGCGUGUGUAACGACACCAUGCAGGCUCUGUGGGAGGAGUGUAAGCCGUGUUUGAAGAACACCUGCGUUAAAUACUAUUCCCGCACCUGCACCAGUGGCUCAGGUUUGGUGGGCAGACAGCUAGAGGAAUUUUUGAACCGGGUGUCCCCUUUUUCCAUCUGGAUCAAUGGUCAGAACAUUGAGACUCUGGAGAAGGAGGACCAACAGCAGAGCCAGCGCUUCCAAGACCUGGAGAGACGCUAUGGUGAAGUGGCAGACGGAGUGGACAACAUCUUCCUGGACAGCAUGAGGGUGUUUGACCACAUGCACUCACUCCACCCCUACCACUCACCCAGCAUCUUCAGUAGGCCCACCCAAUUCUACAGGUCCCCACUCCAUGACUCAGAGUUCCAUGGCUUCAGAAGCAUGUUCCAUCCCAUGAUGGAGAUGGCUCGCAACAUAUUUGGAUCAUUUGGAACCUAUAUGGGAAGUGACAUAGAAUUUCCUGCUAAAGAGGGCAGCGAGAACGAAGAUGUUGUCAUAACUAAGCCAUUUGGGGAUGAUAAAAUGACCUGCAGGGAGAUCCGCCGCAACUCUGCAGGCUGCAUAAAACUUCGAGAGGAAUGUGAGAAAUGCAAGGAGAUCCAGCACAUUGAUUGUUCUGGAAAGAAGCCACUGGAAGGCCCUCUGAAGGAGGAACUGGAAAAGGCUCUAGCCCUGGCGGAAAGAUUUACCCAGGAGUACAAUAAGCUCCUGAAGAGCUUUGAGGAGGAGAUGUUGAAAACAUCUGAGCUGCUGGACUCAUUCAACAAGCAGUUUGGCUGGGUGUCCUCAUUGGCCAAUCACACCAAGAGUGAGGAUGGUAUCUUUAAGAUCAAAGUGGUCAAAUCUAGAACUUCGGAGGACCCAGAGAAGCAAGGUGACACCAACGUAUCAGUCAAACUGUUUGAUGAGCCAGAAAUGAGUUUCAUUGUGCCAGGGGACAUCCCAUGGAAUGACCCCAAGUUCUCAGAGAUGGUGGCAAAGGAGGCUCUGGACCACUACAAACAGAUGAUUGUUUAAGUGAAGAGCAAGAGUCCAGGCUGGACAUUCUGUCAAGGAACUGACAGAAACGGCUUCACAAGUCACUGAAAAAUGUACUAAGCAUUAAUCACUCGAAAUACCGAAAGCCGUUCUACAUAUUUAGCUGGAUAUCCUCUAGCAUUAUUUCUGCUGUAUGAUCCUCUUCUAACCAUCAAAAAAAGACCCUCAGGAGAUUGUAUGAAAAUAAAUGUGCUUCUAGAAAUAGCCAGCUGUACACUUACAAAAAUGUUAAUAAAACAUGUAAAGGA